AUGCUCAAGUGCCUGCACGGAGAAGCGAAGCAGAGGUGUCAGCAUUGCAAUGCUGCGACAAACCAGUACGGGUCAAACUUAAGAGCCUACAUGUAUGGAAAGAAGGCGGAGGCCCUUCAAGCAUGGGAUGGGAGAGAUCAACGAGAUGCAAACAAUGAGUUCAACCAUUACAAAUACGCGCUGGUCGAUGGGGCUCCCAUAACCUCUCUGUUGGAGCAGAUUGGCAAGGUUUCGGACAGAGACACUCUUGCGCUGGGAAAGAAUUCAUCGUUCAGACGAAUUCUGCUCGGUCUACAAAACAUUGACCGAGACAUUCUGAUAGGACGAGACAUCGAGCCGCGCGAGGGCAUGCAAGUCCAACUGCACAUCAUUGGGCAAGCAAAAACUCCGAUCGACAUAUGCCAGACGAUGUGGGAAAGAUUAUUAAAGUGA